AUGGGGUCCAGUGGACCCCAGGCGAACUUUGAGAACUGUUUUGCUGAGUGGGAUCCACUGGACCCCGUGUGUCCUCAACGUAAUUUUUUCGAGGUGUGUCCUCAACGGGUUAAGCCUGGUUCAGUUGGUCUGGUUGCAGGAUGGGGCAAAACAGAAAAUGGAGACUAUCCAAAUUAUUUAUUGAGUGUUGCCGUCUUGACUAUUCCUAAAAGCCAGUGUGAUGACAGCUACUACGCAAUCGGUGGACUUCCACAGGGACAAAUUUGCGCGGGUUAUCCGGAUGGUCGAUAUGAUGCUUGUAACGGAGAUGGUGGCAGUCCAUUGGUUAUCAAUGAUCGACUUGUUGACUACCCGGGAGUCUAA